GCUGUGGCUCUCAGUUUUGAUAAUGGGGUUUCUAGUGAGACACUGAGAGCUUGGCUUUCUUCAGAGCCCUGUGCUCCUGGGAACCCCCUGGGCAGUCCAGUCCCUCUCGCCCGCCAGGCCUGGGUGGUGACCAAGUGAGUCACCCGCCUGUGUGGAAUGCUCCGGUGAGCCCAGAAAGCAGAUCUGAAGGCUGGAGAGCUGAUGACCCGUGUGUAAUGACGAGUCUUCCUUGGCAGGGCGGGUUUGCCAGAUGUUAUGAAAUGACCGACGUCUCCACCAACAAAACCUACGCGGUGAAAGUGAUUCCUCACAGCCGAGUGGCCAAACCGCACCAGCGGGAGAAGAUUAUGAAUGAGAUCGAACUGCACCGAGACCUGCAUCACAAGCACAUUGUCAAGUUCUCGCAUCACUUUGAGGAUUCGGAGAACAUCUACAUCUUCCUGGAGCACUGCAGCAGGAAGUCCCUGGCUCACAUCUGGAAAGCCCGGCACACGCUGCUGGAGCCGGAGGUGCGGUAUUACCUCAAGCAGAUCGUCGCCGCCUUGAAGUACUUGCACCUCAAAGGCAUCCUCCACCGGGACCUCAAACUGGGCAACUUUUUUGUCAAUGACCACAUGGAGCUGAAAGUCGGAGACUUUGGCCUCGCCGCCCGCCAGGAGCCGAUGAACCAGAAGAAAAAGACGAUCUGCGGCACCCCCAACUACCUCGCCCCCGAAGUGCUCCACCGGCAGGGCCACGGGCCGGAGUCGGACGUGUGGUCUCUGGGCUGCGUUGUGUACACCCUGUUGUGUGGGAACCCCCCCUUUGAGACCUCGGACCUCAAGGAGACCUACAGGUGUAUCAAGCAGGUGGAAUACGCCCUCCCGGCCUUCCUCUCCACGCCAGCCAAACAGCUGAUCACGGGCAUCUUGAAACGCAACCCGCACGACCGCCUCACGCUGGAGGAGAUCCUGGACCAUGAAUUCUUCACCAAAGGGUACACGCCGGAGAAGCUCCCUCCCAGCAGCUGUGUGAUGGUGCCUGAGCUCAGUCCCCCCAACCCGGCCAAGAGUCUGUUUGCCAAGUUCACCAAGACGCUGUUUGGAAAAAGCAAACCCAAAAGUAAGAAGGGCCCCUCGGAGGAGAGGGACGACCUCUCCAAGUUGGUGGCUGGCCUCAUGAAGACCUCCAUCUGCAGGCAGAUGAGCUACAAAACUGUGGAAGGGAAUGAGAGGGCAGGUUGGCUGCAGGGCGGCCGGCUGGGGCCAGCGAGGUCCAGGCUGCCUGGUGCUUGCGAGCCUCCUCCGCAAGGCGCCCAUCUGCUCACAGCCCCUUCUCUUCCCCCGCCAGCUGAGCGCAACCCGGCCUCCUUGGCUUGCCACGAGCACUUUGCCUGGGUGAGCAAGUGGGUGGACUACUCCAACAAGUACGGCUUCGGCUACCAGCUGUCCGACCACCGCAUCGGGGUCCUCUUCAACGACGGGACGCACAUGGCGCGCUCGGCCGAUCGGAAGACGGUCCAUUACAACCUGACCAACAGCAAACACUUCGCCUUCCCCAUGUCUGCCAUCCCGGAGCAGCUGCAGGGCCAGACCAGCAUCCUGCAGUACUUCGCCUCCUACAUGGAGCAGCAUCUCAUGAAGGGGGGAGACCUGCCCAGCAUAGAGGAGGUGGAGCAUCCCGUGCUGCUGCUCUUGCAGUGGGUGAAAACCGACCAGGCCUUGCUGAUGCUCUUCAGCAACGGGACGCUCCAGGUCAACUUCUACAACGACCACACCAAGCUGAUCCUCAGCAAGCCCGACCCCUCCUGCCUCCUCACCUACGUCAACAAGGCCCGCAACUCCUACACGUACAAGCUGAGCAGCAUCGCGGAGCUGGGCUGCUCGCCGGAGCUCCGCGACCGGCUCACUUCCUGGCUCUGCUCCAGCCUCCCCGGGUGCCCGGUGGAAAGUCCCGAAGGUCGAGAUUGUCAGACCUGGAAAUCCCGUUGGCAGCAGCUUUACUCUCCCCACCCAGCCCCCCUCAGCAGCAGCACGCCCAGGACGGGGGCUUCCUCCUGCUGCCGGCCAGCCCCCCUGCUGGGGAAGCGAAUGUGA